CUCUUUAUAUCAGUGAUAAUCUCAUUUAUUUAUAGUAAAUACAUUAUGGCUGACAUAAAUGGAGCAUUUAAAUAUUAAUAAUGCAGGACACAAAUGUGUGUGUCAAAUACAGCAUUUAGUAUUUCAGCUAAAAAGAAAUAACCACCUUUACUGUUGCACAUCCUCUCGUCCUCGUUCAUAACAGCAGCGUGCAGCAGCACACGGCAGCCCCUUAACAUCAAUAUUUAAUUGGUCCAUUUUUGUCGAACACCUAAAUCUUCCUGAGUGCUUAAAAAUAUUCUCAGGGGGGGGGGAAUGUACUGUAUCUUAUAAAUGAAUGACGGGAAAUUGAUCAAUAUGAUCUCUACUAACAAAAAGUGAACACUGUAUACACUGCAUGAACUCACUUCACAGUCUGUGAUAACAUUAUAUGCAUUUAUAUGCAUUAGUAGAGUAGUGCCCCCCUGUGGCCAUCCAAAUGUAUUACAAGCUCCUCAUCCUUGCUGUGUAUGUGCUGCUAAGAAUAAAUUUAAAUGUUUAAAGUAAAUUUUUUUCGAGUAGUAUAUUAGCAAAGUACUAGGCGAUGACAUAAUUUCGAGGGAACUUCAUUGUCACUAAGAAAGAGUAACAUUAUACAGUAUUUGUGUGCAUUUAUUCUACUAUAUGCUUCCUCUAUUAGGAAAGAUUAGAUAAGAUAAGAAAGAUUUUUGGACUGUAUCGGAUUCAACAUUUUUAUCCGUCCGAUAUCCGAUCCAGUGAUUUUCACCAGUAUGGCACCAAUAGUGUUACCAAUACUGACCAAUUCCCAUCUGUAGUACAGCAACCUUGCUUUGAGUGGUUUCAAUUGUUUUAUAUUUCCUAAUAUAUACAGUAACAUUGUACAUUUGUUUAUUAAAGGGUGUAUUAAAUGUUUGCAACACCUUAAUGAGAGUCUGUUUAACAUACAAGGGUUGUUUGUUUGUUUGUUUACAUGGAAGUCCACAGAAUGUGAUUUGUGUUUUUUUUCCCAGGCGGCCGUGAAGGCAGCACAUGCAGUUGCAGAGAUGCUCGUGCAGCCGCAGCUCUCCUCACUGCGCUGCGCGGCUGCUGCGCAACACAGCAGAGAACAAUGUGGAGACAGAGGACAACAACUGAGUCUCUGCACACAAAGUGACCCAUCAUGGACAGUCGGUGGCGCGACGGCGCUCACAGCCGCACAGGAGGCGCCGCCGGCGGCUUGAAAUCGGAGCGAGCGCCCCGCCAAGAUGAGCCGUCCGGAGAGAGCGCGGACGCGACCGAGCCGCUGCGGGAGCUGCCGCAGUGGAUGCGGCUGUACUUCUACGGGAUGCACGGCGUGACUCUGGAUGUCCUGCUGUCCUCGCUGCACGGGGUUGUGAAUAAACGGGACCCCAAAUUGCUGGGAUUCUCCUCCCCGUAUCUUUGCGUCAUGCACUCACUGACCCAUUUCGCGCUGGAGAAGAUUUACUCACAGAAGAGGUGUUUCCGAAGUCGGCCUGUGGUCUUUCAUCUCGUCUUCUAUCCGUCCAUCUACAUAGGACUGCAGAUCCUGAUCGGCAACAUCAGCACGCUGACGGAGCAGGUGAGGCUCGUGUCAGGGACGCAGCUGGCUGUGAACUACAUCCUGGCUCUCUACUUCAGCCAGGUGUUCCACAGGGGGAUGUCAAAGCUUCAGUACCAAACCGAGCUCCCGAGCACACCCGAGCCGGAGGACAGGGGUGACAGCCGGGCCCGUCCUCGGGGUCUCCCGGGCCUUGUGCACUUUUUGUUUUUCGGGAUGCACGGCUUCCUGGACGAGGUCCUCUUCACCUCCUUGUUCAACCUGGUGGAGAAGUCGGACCGGACCCUGAGCGGCCACACGUCACUGUGGUCCUUCCUGAUGUACGGCAGCUGCAGCUUCGUGGUGGAGAAGCUUUACCUCCACCUGCACCUCAGCAGAGGCUGGGGGACCUGGCAGCGGCUCCCCGUCUAUGUCUGCAUCAUCUACACCUGGGAGUUCACCUGGGGUCUGGUCCUGAGGCAGUUCGGCGCGUGCUCGUGGGACUACUCCCACUAUCCCCACAACUUCAUGGGCCUCAUCACCCUCCUCUACCUGCCCGGCUGGGUCUGCCUCAGUCUGUACCAGGACGUGUUGUCCAACGUCCUGCUGAAGAUCAAGUCCACCAAAACUGUGAAGGACAACAGAGAAGUCAAUGGAGAGCUGGAGUCCGAGAAACUUUAAUAUUUUCUUUCUUUUUGAGGUUUUACAGACUCGUUUUGGCAAAAACUGACCAAUUUUUUUAACAGUUCAUGAAAUAUUAUGGUUUCAUUUAGACAAUUGUAACUGAAUAGUGUGGGACCAGGCUUUGACUCUUACCCAAAAACCAUGCUUUUGCCCAUAUUUUAACAAAAUAAAAGAUACAUUCUUUGGUUCAUACAGAUGAGACAUGGCAACAGAUGUUGGGAUAGUAUACGUGGGGAUUUUAUAUAAACUUAUACCUCUUUAAAUGCAGUUUCUGCCAUUUUUGUGCACUGGCAUGCGUUAACUGUACUGCAUGAAAAAAAAUGUCUUUAAUUUUUUUGUAACAUAUAUAUAUCUAUA